UCGAUCAAUUGAUUGAUUGAUUGAUUGUUGUUGUAUGCGUCAUUUGAAGAUUCGAUCGAUCGAUAGACAAUCAUCGCCAUCAAUACGACCUGAUAAUAAUAAUAAUAAUCAUAAUGAUUACUAUACGUAAAACUAAAAUUCUUAUCUGUGAUUCUGAUCCAAACAGAGGUAUAUCCAAACAUAUACAUGUGAAAACGAUACAGGAUCCAACAUUAGCUGCUGUAUUAACACCAUCAUGGACAACGGCAAAAGAAUUUUCAUCCAUACAACCAAUUGAUCAUUCAUCAGAAUCAUCUGAUUUAUUUAAUUCAUUAGAAUAUGAACCAUCUAAUCAACAAUCGUAUCAACAACAUUGUUAUUCUUUGAAUAGCCACAACAACAACAAUAAUAAUAAUAAUCAAUCAAGUCUUCAUCAUCAUCAUCAUACUGAAUUGAUUCGUAGUGAUUCAGGAAAUUCAUCAUUGAAUACAAUCGAUUCAAUUAGUAAUCAUAGUUCAAGAAGUUUUUCAUCAAGUAUCAAUGAUGGUUAUUGUCCAUAUUAUGGAUCUGAUAUUGUAUCGAAUCUAGAUGAUGAUUCACUGUUGAUCAAUGUAUUUGUACCAGAAACACAAUCAGAGUUUGACAUAACCUGUUCAUAUGGCCAAUCAAUUUCAUAUGUCAAAACUGUAUUGAUUGAACGAUUAUGUGGUAAUAAUAUAAAGAACGGUCAUAAUAUUAAUAAUAAUAAUAAUAAUCAUCGAUAUCCACGAUUAUUACGUGAUGAUCAAUGUCUUAACUAUGGCCUAUUCAGUGCACAAUUGGGUUUGUUUCUUGAUGAGCAGCUAACAUUUAACGAAUAUUUUCGUAACCAUCAAACCAAUUCUAAUAGCAUCAAUACCAUAAUCAACUAUAAUAAUAUUGACGAUAAUUCUCCAAUAUUGAUCAAUCAUCAUCAUUUCAAUCCUGACCAACAUCAUCAACCAACAACAACAACAACAACAAUAUCGAAACAACGAUCAAACAGUAACAGUACUACAAUCAAAAAGAAUACAAUUGUUAAAUUAGAAUUUCUUUACAAACAACGAGUCAAAUACGGUGAAAUAAUGAGCACAUUGCCUUUAGCAAGCGCAACAAGAAAAAAACGUAAACGUUCACGUCUAUUGACGGCUAUUCAAAAUGGUAAUCUCGAUAAAUUGGCCAAAGCAUUGGUCAACUGUGAUCCAAAUUUCGUUGAUGAAAGCAGUGGUGAAACGCCACUUUCCAUAGCAUCAUCAUUAUCAAUUUCAAAUAGUACAAUACAGCAGCAGAUUAUUGUUGCUAUCGUAAAUGGUGGUGCUCUGUUAGAUUUUCGUACCAAAGAUGGCCGAACAUCAUUACAUGUUGCUGUACAGAAAUCGAAUUUUAUUGCAUUGAAAACAUUAUUGGAUUUAGGAGCAUCACCAAACUAUCCGGAUACAAAUGGUUUAACACCAUUAUAUUACAGUGUUAUUCAUAAGGCUAAUCCAAAACUCACUCAAUUGUUGCUAUAUGAACAUGCUAGCCUCGGUGUUACCGAUCAACAUGGAUGGCAGGAAAUUCAUCAUGCAAGUAAACUUGGAUUGGUACAACAUCUUGAACAAUUAUUAUUCUAUGGCUGUGACAUGAAUUGUAGAAUAGUUGGCAGUGGUAAUACUUCAUUACAUGUAGCCGCAAUAAAUGAUCAAGUUGAAUGUGCUCGAAUACUUUUACUACGUGGCUGUGAUACCAGCAUUGUGAACAAUUCUCAUCAAAAUGCUUACCAAGUAGCUGUCAUUGCCGGUAAUAUGUCAAUGGCCGAUUAUAUUAAAAAUCAUAAACAAGAAAAUGUUGUACCAUAUCGAGAUAAACCUCGUUAUAAUCCGGCACGUCGUCCAGCCACACAUUCAUCACAAGAUGGGAAUCAAAUUACACCGAAUAAAUCCAAAUUACUUGAUGUCAAUGGUGGUGGUGGUGGUGGUGGUGGAAGGUCCAUAUCACCAUCAUUAUCACAAUUGACAAAUAAUACUACAACUACAUCUUCCGGUGUUUGUUGUGAUGAUGAAGAUGAUCCAAACAAUCAACUAAAGCAACAACAACGUUCUGUGAUGAACAAUGGUAAUAAUAUUAAUAAUAAUGCUCAACCGGAUUAUGAUGAUAACGAUGAUGAUGAAGAUGAUGAUGUUGAUGAUGAUGAACAAAAUGGAAAUAUUAUUCCAAGUAGUGAAAGUGAAGAUAGUACCGUAUUUACACCGGGUAUGAUGGUCAAAGCUAUUUCGGAUUAUAAUUCAGGCGAUCCAAGUCAUAUGCAACUUCGUCGAAAUGAUCAUGUAUUAUUAUUACAUAGUGAUCAUUCACCACCGACCAUUGCUUCACAAAAACUUUUACUUGGUCGAAGAUGUUUAGAUGGACAGGAAGGCUAUUUUCCAGCUUGUUGUGUUGAAAAAAUUCGACCGAUUAAAGAUACGGAUUCAAGUGAUCGUGUUGAAGGAAGAAGAGAUAUGAAAAUGAAAAAUAUGCAAGCAGCUACGUUACCAACACGUGGACGAAGAGGAGCACGAAAAAGCUAUUUAGACAAGAGUACAACUCGUCAAUACCAGGAUCGCACGGUUAUUUUACAACGUGGUAGUAAAGGAUUUGGAUUUGUGUUGCGUGGUGCCAAAGAUUCAUCGCCAGUUUUGACCAAACAAUUAAUGCAACAGCAAGGAUCAGUGCCGUUGAUAGGUUUACAAUAUUUUGAUGAGAUCGAAGUGGGUGGUGUUGCCGAUGCUGCCGGAUUGAAAAGAGGUGAUUUUCUUCUGGCCGUCAAUGAUGUUGAUGUUCGUCAUAUGUCACAUGAAAAUGUCGUUCAAUUAAUUCGACAAUCUGGAGAUAAAGUAACGAUGACCAUUGCCACACCGGUGCCAAAACAACUUGUUUCAAUUUUGAAAAAGAAAGGAACAACAGGUCAAACGAAUAAUAAAAGUCUUAACAAACAACAACAACAACAAUUAUCAGUAGCUGAUUCAAAACAAACAAAUGGGGUGAUGCCACCACCUCCUCCUCCUACAUCGGAUACGAUGCCUUCUAGUCAAUCACAAAUUCAAAUGUCGCAAUCAGUUUAUGCAUCAUUCAAUAGUAGUAAUAAUCGUGGGACGAAAGCUCCACCACCUGCACCACCAAAACGUGAUCCAUCAACUACAUUAUCGAAUACAUCGUCAAGGGCUCGGGCACGUUCAUUGGUGGUAGCAUCUGAAGUUCGUACGGCUCAUAACCAAGCCCUUAUAUUGUUGAAUGAAUGCAAAACGGCCGUUGAUGAUCAGCCUAAUGAAGCAAAAAAACAUACAUCGCCCACCAGUACUGGUGAAUCAAUUUCCGAUAGAUCUCGUUCGAUGCGUCGAAUUUCAUCCUAUGAAGCUACUGAAUACAGCAUUAAUAAGGAUCCCGAAAUUGCUAACAAGUCAAAAGAGGAAACAAAUAACAAUAAUGAGAAAGAUGCAGAAAUUCACAAACGGGAUUCAUGUACAAUGUCGCCACCGGCAUCACCGCCAAAUCACUCGAUUGUUGAUGUUACACUGGUCAAAGGGCCAACUCGAAAGGACAAUAACGAACAUCAGCAGCAGCAGCAGCAGCAACAACAACAACAACAGCAAAGAUCGUUGUCAAGUUUUCAGCCAGCUACUAGCAAACAAAACAAUGAAUCGAAUAUUAGGCCUCAGAUUCCUGAUCCUGAUUAUUCGAGUGAUGAAGAUGAAAAAAAGAAUAAGAAAAAAGAUGCUUCCAAUCUAACGGAUUCUACUUCAAAGAAAUCGGAUAAAAUUAAAUUGAUGACCAAAGCAACUGUGGUAUUGAAAUCAACUAGUCCAUGUCCACCUGAAACUGAUGUUCAGACCAUAGAACGUAAAGCAUCUGAAUCAUUUAAAAAUGGAGUGAUUGGAUCGAAAAAUAUUUUCGAUGAAUUAAAAGAACAAAGUGCCAAGAUAACAUCAGCGGCUAGACUUCGUUUCUCUACAACCGAAAACGAUGGAACCGUUGUAGAUAGCCAAGUUUCUACAAAAGCUCCAAACAAUGUUAAAAAGAAUGUUGCUGAAUUCGAAAAACGUUUGAAUGGUUCAAAUAUUUUAAAAGAUCAAAUUGAUAGUCAACAAUUACGUAUGUCCAAAUCAUGUAUGGAAGAAUUUGUACCACAACAAUCAGCUAUACUGUCCACGUUGAAAAAAGAAAUAAUUACCAAGCCUAAUUUGCGGCAAAAACAACCGUGUGAUCAAUCAACUGAUUUUCGUCGUAAUUCUGCAAUUAUAUCGGCUAUGGCGGAAAAAGUAGCUGCUGUCAAUCAAUUGGUUGCCGAACAGCAGCAACAACAACAGCAAUCUGGUUCAAAAUCAUUGAAUUCAUCGCCAAUACCAGCUACUUUGGGAAAGAUUCCAGGUCAAGUUAUUGCCGGUUCAACGGUUGUCGUACAGAAACCUAUUGCCAUUUUACCUGGUGGUUCAUCUGGAACACUCACUCGUAGAUGUGUAACUGUUUGUGAGGAUCCGAUCAAAGCUAUUCAUCUUCAACAACAGCAUCAACAACUUCGAUCUCAAUUAGCAGCAACUUCUAUGAUGACCGCCGGUGGUACAUUGACCAAAACCAAACCAACACAUUCCUCAUCUUUAGCUGAACCGACAACAUCAUCAAUAUUAAAACAAUCAUCAUCAAAAUCUCAACAACAGCAACAACAAAUACGAUCCAUAAAUCAACAAUAUCAUUCUGGAACAACACCAACCAGUUCAAUUGAUGUUGUACCACCUCCACCAGAAUUUGCUGCUGCAUCUGUAGCAGCUAUUCCAUUACAGCAACAAACAAUUCCAUCAACAAAUCGACAAAUAUCAAUUCAACAACAACAACAACCAAUGACGGCAAAUCAAAAAAUUUACUUACAACGACAAUUACUACAAUCACAACAAUCGACAACACCACCUAUUACUAUACAACAAUCCGGUUCAUCAUCUCAGGUUCAUCAACAUUCAUCACAGUUGAUAUCAGGCGAAACGAUGCCACAUCCACCACAUUAUAGCCAUCAGGCAACCCAUUAUCAAUUACAUCAUAAUCAUCCGGCACAAACAUCAACGAUAGGUCAUGGCCAUCAAUUAUCAUCAUCAGCACCGACAACAAAUACUGAUGCUCAUACAUUAAUGGCAAUGCGACAAUCGAUUUUAGCCGCUCCACAACAACAACAGCAGCAGCAGCAGCAGCCAUUAACAUCAACAUCGACUUCGAAUUAUGAUUAUCUGGUUCAACAACAUCAAAGGGCUACAAAUCCAUUGGUCAGCCAUCAUCAUCAUCAUCAAUUGCCACAAUCAUCUAAUACUAGUCAAUCACAAUAUAGUCAACAACAGCAACAAAAUCAAUUACUUCUUCAACAACGGGCAUUAGCGGUAGCCAAUGCAAAAUUAUAUCAACAACAACAACAACAGCAGCAGCAGCAACAACAACAACAAUUAAGAUCUGGUGGUGGCCAAUACAAUACAUUGGCUAGUAGUAAACCACAACAGAUUCAAUAUUAUUUGGCUCAACAACAAUCUCAACAUCCUCAACACCAACAUCAUCAUCAUCCAACUGGUACAUCAUCAACAUCGGCCCAACAACAACCGCAAUAUUUCGCAACACUAGGACGACAUCAACAUGCACAAAUACAGCAACAAUAUCUGAAUUCAUUGACCAGCCAACAACAGCAAAUGCAACAACAACAAUUUGCCACACUUACCCGUCAUCAUCAACAACAGCUUCUUCAGCAGCAUCACCAACAACAACAACAACAGCCUUCGACAUUACAACAACAACAACAGCCACAGAAUUUACUUAAUUAUUCACAAUUAGUUCAACGACAACAGCAACAACUUGCAGCAGGUAAUACUUCGUCUACCGGUACGGGUCGAAUAAUACAAACUUCAACCGGAACUGUUGGAUCAUCAUCAUCGGCAACUUUAACCAGACAAACACCAAUAAGUACAACACAAGUUCCAAUUGGUAAAGUUGUAUAUACAACCACCGGAAGCGGUCAGCCAACAACAGCUCUGCAACAUCAAUAUCAAUAUCAUCAGCCAACCUUACAACAACAACAACAACAACAGCCACAACAGCAACAAUUAGCAUAUGCAAGAAAAUCGGUAGUUGAAUGGACAAUGGAUGAUGUUCAAGAAUGGUUACAAAGAAUUGGUAUGGCUGAACAUCGAUUAAAAUUUGAAUCAUUUAAUGGUGCCAAAAUGUUACGUUUGGAUAAUAAUUCAUUAGCCAAUAUUGGUGUACGGCAACAACAGCAUCGUAUCUAUAUAUUGGAAAAAUUGAAACAACAAAUAUGGCAGAAUCAUCAAUGAUAUUUUUUUUUUUUCAUUGAUUUUGUUUUGUUUCAUCAUUUCUUACAUUAUUCAUUUUUUUCCCAUAUAUAAUACUCGUAUGUUGUCAUAUAAUCAUUGUCAUAGUCAAUGUUCUUUUUGCCGGAAAAAAAAUCUAGUCAUUUUUUCCCAGAAUCUAAAAUUUUCAUUACAAAUUCUUUUCUCUCAUGUUUACUAUAAAUACCGACACCGAAACACACACACACACACACACACACAUAUACACCGAUAAACAAAAGUCCACACACUAAUAUGAAUCGUGAUUAAAUUGAUUAUAAUUGAA